AUAUAAAUGUGUCGUUAAAACCUGCCACCACCCGACACAGCCACUUAGUAAGGGUUGUCACGUAAACAGAACAUGCCAAUUCGCCACUAGUACAGCACACUGAUGUGUUAGAGAGCCAAGCCACAACAUUUACAAACUGAGUACGACUUUUCGCCAGUAAUUACAACUAGCUUCAUCAGGUGACAGCCAGAUUUGUGGAGAAGUCUUACUGUUUCGUUCCUUAUAUAGAUGCGUAGAUGUGUUGACCACCCUUCUGCGCUCCAAAUCAGAUACUAGUUUGGUUUUGGGCGUGAGCAGAAAUUGAACUCGGGUCGCUGGGUUAAUAGCGCAGCAUGCUAACUAAGGCACGACCACUCUCCACUUACGCACAGACAUCGUCAUCAUUGUAUGUAGAGUAUUUAUUCAUUAUUUAUAAUCCUAUUUAAUGUCUUGGAGUGUUUUUUUCUGUAGACUUUCUACUUGUUCAUUUCAAUUGUUUUUUUUAGUUUAGUUGGCAUGCAGUACAGUACUUAUUUCAAUUGUGAUGCCUAUUUUUGCUUACCGUUUACCAAACCCCAUUGUUUAGGUAAGGCUUAAGUAUUGAAUAUCGCCGUUUUGGCUUUCUCGGCACAUUCCAAGAACGUAACCCCCACGAUAUUCAAAGGUCUCCUGUAUUUUCUGUUCAUAUGCUACAGCACAGAUAUCGAUUUUUUUUAUCAGAAACUAGAUCUCUACUUUCUUGAUGUAAUCAAGGCCUAAGUACCAUGAAGAGGCUUAGGCUUUUUGUUGUUCCUUGUUUUCGAUAUCCCUGCCCCUCUGCUCACAUUCGUUAAGGAUUUUUAUGAUUUUGGACAGGCCCGGCAAAUGCUGCGUGACAAGGAUUUGGAGCCGUUUCCUGUUCACGUUGGCGUGUGACAGGAAUUCUCUCUGGCCACAUACAUUACAGUAAGUCCCUGGGUAGCGGAAGACCCGACUUACGGAAAUCCAACCUUACGGAAAUGCUCCCAUAAAUCAUGUAAAAAAAAUCAGCAUGCAGAAAUGUUUGUCUUAGUUCAGCACGGUGAGGUUGUGGAUGAAUACCGCGGAGCGAGGCAUAAGGCAGGCAGCAUCUUCCCCAAGGCAGUUGUGUAUAGCCGCUCUGCACUCAGUCAUGCUGUUACAUUGUUACCGUAAUUAUCCUGUACCCGCCAAAUUGUCUGGUAACUUUCAGUGUAAUAUCACCCUUGAUUGCAUUGCAAUAAUGACUGGAAAAGAGGGUAAAUGGAAUUGUUUUGUAUCGUUACCGAAUUGUUUUUCUUUUGUAGCAUUACUUAAUUUGGGUUUUCUGUGCUUAGAACUAUCUUGUUUUUUCCAUGUUUCUCUUUAUCGUUUUCAUUUGAAGUUUAUUUCAUAAGUUAGGUUAUGUGCUUUAUUUAACACAAUUACACUUCGAUUGCUUAUGGUCUCAGCCAACAGCGAUCGGAGAGGUCUAGACCUAGCCUAUUGCCCGGUAAACGAAUAUUCGGAAGUGACUGUUUUCUGUUAACAAUUAUUAUAAUGUCUCAUAGUGUUCAUAAAUAAUUGGAUAAGUAUAUUUUCCAAUAGUUUCAUUUUGGGUAGUGUUAGGGUAGAUAUUCUAUGAAAUGAAAGAAUCAUAGGAAGUGCAGAACGUAUGUACAGCAAUGAGAUACAGGUUGCGGUAGAAAACGGACUAUAGCGUGAUACAGUACUGUAAGAAAACGAACGAGUAAUUGGGUAGGGGCGGCACAACUAUUUCCGGCUAUGGGAUUUCGUCUUGAUUUUGGGGGGAAAUUGUUCAGUUUCCGACAUGGAAAAUUCGGGUUAUGUAUCGUUUCCGGGAACCUAACCCUUCCAUAACCAAGUGACUGUAUCUUCAAUAGUUACAUAGUUUUGAGAACCUCACAAUGGCCCUACAAAAAUGCAUUUGGUACAGUUGCAAUAAGAGACUAAUCGAUGGCUGGUUAUUGUUAAGGGAUCGUUUCCUGCUGGUCAACCAUGUUACGUAUGCUGAUGAUCUGGUAAUGACUACUCACUGCGAUGGAGUAAGGGACUCUUGUUUUGUACCUGGAGAAUCUAAUCGUGAGGAGGAGCCUUACAUUUGUUCCAAAAUAAUAAAGCACCUGCCUGGGUAUUUCAUGUAAUCCCAACAUUCCACCUGCUCCCCUCUUAAUGAGUAAUCAGGCAGUUCUACAGGUGGUGGAGGAGCUCCCAUACUUGGUUAAUGUGUUCACAACCAGCUCUGGUUUGGCAGCUAAAGUCUCAAUUCAAAUUAGUCGAGCAGCAUUCUUUAAAUGGACUGUCUAACAUGGUGAGGAAGCUGCCUGGAUCGUUUCUCCAUACAAAUCACUGAAUCUUCUUGCCCACAGCUAUGACCCCUUUCUUUGUGGAUGUGAAAUAUGGACUCCUUUAAAGAACCAUCUGUGCUGGCUUAUACAAUUAAGGCUGGCCUGCCUAUGAUUCAUCCUUUAUUGAGCCUUCCUUUAUGGUAUUCGAAGCUUACAUAUCCCUGACAUAUCCGUACAGAAUAUAAUCAGUGAGCCUCUUUGGCAGGCGAGGCUGCAUUCGUUGGUCAUGAAUCCCGCAUGCUCAGAAACUACAUGCUCAAGCAGCGUAAGUUAGUUCAGAUAUGAGGGACUAAACGGGUAUGGCAUGGGCUAGAGAAGCGAUUGGAAGAUGUGGACGUGAUCGAACUUGCCGAUGACUGGUACCAGGAGUGUGAAUAUUGGCCUCUGUGGAGGAGGCCCGUGAAGGAUGCUGCAGGGUAGUUGGAGGCAUUCGUCCAGCAAUAAUAAGGUCAGAUGAGUGACACAUCAAUGGGUGGAGCAGCUGGGUGGCUAAAAUGCAGUAAGUUGGCACAGUGGGUAGCACAGGUGGUGCAUCUGCCAGUCAUAUCAGUCAUCCCUUGAUACCUGGAUCAUUCCCAUGACAGACUGGCAAGUUCUCCACACUUAUGUAGUGCGUGUCUGACAAGGCACACACUGAGAUUGGAGGUAUCACAAUAUAUUACCAUUAACGGAGUUAUAAAUGACAACAUACUCUGGCUAUUCUAGGCCCCAACAAGGGAGAGGGUCCCUACCCCAUUGAGUCCCUACUACCGUCGGUCUCCCGCUUCCCCCGACGUGACCACACACCGCCAGUUCUCCCACUCGACUGCCCGAUGGCUCCGCCUUUUCCCUGACCCUUUUUCGGGCGUGGCCCCACUCGGCCUCUUGCCACGCCACUUCCUCUGACUCUUCCGACGGAACCCGAGUCAGCGUGACAGGGCCCUUCGAGCCCCCAUCGACAGCUGCCAGUUCCUCUGCCACUUUGCUGUACAUAAUUGGUCAGAUGGAUCGAAGACAAUCAGCAGGAGAGAAAUCAUUCAAGUGCACUGUGUGUGGGAAGGCGUUUGCACAUUCAUCAAGUCUUCAGGUCCACCAGAGAACACACACGGGAGAGAAACCCUUCAAGUGCACUGUGUGUGGGAAGGCAUUUGCAAUGUCAUCACAUCUUAAAAGACACCAGAGAAUACACACAGGAGAAACACCCUUCAAGUGCACUAUGUGUGAGAAGGCCUUUGCACAGUCAUCACAUCUUAAAACACACCAGAGAAUACACACAGGAGAAACACCCUUCAAGUGCACUGUGUGUGGGAAGGCAUUUGCACAUUCAUCACUUCUUAAAAGACACCAGAGAAUACACACAGGAGAAACACCCUUCAAGUGCACUGUGUGUGGGAUGGCAUUUGCAAUGUCAUCACAUCUUAAAACACACCAGAGAAUACACACAGGAGAAACACCCUUCAAGUGCAGUGUGUGUGGGAAGGCGUUUGCACAUUCAUCACAUCUAAAAAGACACCAGAGAAUACACACAGGAGAAACACCCUUCAAGUGCACUGUGUGUGGGAAGGCCUUUGCACAGUCAUCAAAUAUGAAAACACACCAGAGAAUACACACAUUAGAAACAGCCUUCAAGUGCACUGUGUGUGGGAAGGCCUUUGGACAGUCAUCACUUCUUAAAAGACACCAGAGAAUACACACAGGAGAAACACCCUUCAAGUGCACUGUGUGUGGGAAGGCGUUUGCACAUUCAUCACGUCUUAAAAGACACCAGAGAAAACACACGGGAGAAAAACCCUUCAAGUGUACUUUGUGUGGCAAGGCAUUUGCACAGUCAUCACAUCUUAAAAUACACCAGAUAAGUCACACAGGAGAGACACCCUUCAAGUGCACUGUGUGUGGGAAGGCGUUUGCAGAUUCAUCAAUUCUUCAGGGCCACCAGAGAACACACACGGGAGAGAAACCCUUCAAAUGCACUAUGUGUGGGAAGGCAUUUGCACAGGUAGGAAAUCUUAAAAGACACCAGAGAACACACACAGGAGAGAAACCAUUCAAGUGCACUGUGUGUGAGAAGGAAUUUUCACGGUCAUCAUAUCUUAAAGAACACCAGCGAACACACACAGGAGACAAACCCUUAAAAUGCACUGUGUAUGGGAAGACAUUUAGACAGUUAGGUGAUCGAAAUGAGCAUCAAAACAUUCAUCAGGAAAUUAAUCUGAAAUCGGCUUGUGGAAGUCAAAGUGCUGCAAUGAGUCCAUCCCUCAUGAAACAAGAACCAGAAAAACAUUUGAGAUUUGAAUCGUGGCCAGGAGUGAAGGCGAAAUGUCAAGAAGUGAAAAUGAAAUUUGAAUCAGUGAAGGUGAAGAGCGAAGAAGUGAUGGUAAAGAGUGAAGUGAUGGCAAAGAGUGAAGUGAUGGCAAAGAGUGAAGUGAUAGUGAAAUGUGAGGAUGAAGAUUCAACUCCAAAAUCUGACCUUCACGUCGAUGGAAGCAGCGUGAAGCUGGAGGAGACUGUGGACUUUGAGGUAGAGCAAGGCAACUCCCAGCAAUUUGUGGAUGUGGAGGUGUGGGUGGAUUUUUUAGGCAAUGCUGAGUCAAAUGGAGAUCAAGUAGAUGUGUAUCAUUGAGCUAAGGAUAAAAAAAGUUCCAUUUCAUUCACAGGCCUUUCCCAUAAUAGAGUUUUUUUGGGUUAGAUUACAUAAAUAUAUGAAUUUGUCGUUAAAACCCGCCACUACCCGACACAGCCAACUAGUAAGGGUUGUCACGUAAACAGAACAUUCCAAUUCGUCACUCGUACAGCACACCGGUGUGUUGGAGAGCCAAGCCACAACAUUUACAAUCUGAUUACGACGCUUCAGUACAACUAGCUUCAUCAGGCGACAGCCAGAUGUGUGCCUUUCCCAUUACAAGGGUUUAACCUCCAAGUAGUCAAUAGAGACAGCAUGAAGCUGGCGGAGGCUGUGGACUGAAAGUGAAAUGAAACCCAGCAGUUUGUGGAGGUGGACUUUUUGGAGGAUACAGAUUAGGAGCGGUCAGCAUGUGUGGACUUGGAGGUUGGAUAGAUCUGUAAGCAGGAGCGGGAGACAAAUAAGUAUAACCAGUAAAAACAAAGUUUUUCACUAUAAAUCCUUUAUAUGCGUGGCGGUUAGAGUCCUCUCGUCCUCUGGCUUGAGAUGGCUGCCACCUAUGGGUCAGAUGAUUGCAUUUCACCAUUAAGCAAUUGGUAAUUAAAUAUAAUAUUUUUGUCCUAAAAAGUAUAAAAUUUUGGGGAAAAAAUUUCACGAACAUUAAUUGUCACGCACAACGAGUCUGUGUGGAAAAUGUCAGCUCGAUUGGAUCACGGGAAGUGGGUUAAAAAACGACCGAAAGAUUUGCACGGUCCUAAGCAAGCAAGCAAACUUAAUAUAAAGGAUUUAAUAGAGGAUUUAAUAAACCCGUAAAAACAAAGUUUUUCACUCUAAAUCCUUUAUAUGCGUGGCGGCGAGAGUCCUCUCGUCCUCUGGCUUGAGAUGGCUGCCACCUAUGGGUCAGAUGAUUGUCUGCAGUGUUAAACAAUUGGUAAUUAAAUGUUUAAUUUGUUUUCUCUAAACAGUGUAAAAUUUUGGAAAAAAAUUUUCACGAACAUUAAUUGUCUCGCACAACGAGUCUGUGUGUAAAAUGUCAGCUCGAUUGGAUCACGGGAAGUGGGUUAAAAAACGACCGAAAGAUUUGCACGGUCCUAAGCAAGCAAGCAAACUUAAUAUAAAGGAUUUAAUAGAGGAUUUAAUAAACCCGUAAAAACAAAGUUUUUCACUCUAAAUCCUUUAUAUGCGUGGCGGCGAGAGUCCUCUCGUCCUCUGGCUUGAGAUGGCUGCCACCUAUGGGUCAGAUGAUUGUCUGCAGUAUUAAACAAUUGGUAAUUAAAUGUUUAAUUUGUUUUCUCUAAACAGUGUAAAAUUUUGGAAAAAAAUUUUCACGAACAUUAAUUGUCUCGCACAACGAGUCUGUGUGCAAAAUGUCAGCUCGAUUGGAUCACGGGAAGUGGGUUAAAAAACGACCGAAUUGUUUGCACGGUCGUAAGCACGCAAGCAAGCACGCAAGCAAGCAAGCGAACUUAAUAUAAAGGAUUUAAAAAUAUAUUCGCCUGUGGAGGACGCGGGGAUCGAUCUCGCGACCUUUGGCAUGGGAAGCGAGGGCGCUACCAACUGCGCUACUCCGCCAGGGCCUAUGGAGGUGUCACGCUCUGGGCUCCUACACUGUGACGUUCAGCCAAAGCCAUGAAUGAGUUCUAUUUGAAUAAAUGUAAAAAAAAAUAUUCGCCUGUGGAGGACGCGGGGAUCGAUCCCGCGACCUUUGGCAUGGGAAGCGAGGGUGCUACCAACUGCGCUACUCCGCCACGGCCUGUGGAGGUGUCACGCCCUGGGCUCCUACACUGUGACGUUCAGCCAAAGCCAUGAAUGAGUUCUAUUUGAAUAAAUGUAAAAUAAUUUUUUUGCCUAAAAAGUGUAACAUUUUGGAAAAAAAAUUUCACGAACAUUAAUUGUCUCGCACAACGAGUCUGUGUGCAAAAUGUCAGCUCGAUUGGAUCACGGGAAGUGGGUUAAAAAACGACCGAAAGAUUUGCACGGUCCUAAGCAAGCAAGCGAACUUAAUAUAAAGGAUUUAAAAAGCUCUAUAGCAUUCAACGUGUUAUAAUAAUAUUUGGAUUAAUAAUUGACGCGUGCAUAAAUGUUGUAUUUCUUUCUCACUGUACGUAGCCAAUCUUGCUAAUCAAAGGUGAAAUGCUUCAAUUAAAAGCGGCGUGUAUCAUAUUUCAUCUCAAUCCUUCGACGACGAGCCCAAGUGGCAGCUUUCCCUUUGUGGUACAAGGUGACUCAGUACCGACCUACACGUGGACAUGAGUCUGCCAGUAGGGUGGAGCGAUGAUGGAUGUGGCUAAUCUUUCGAAUCUGGCAAAUUUUGACCCUGACACCAUGAAUGUUGAACAUCCACUGUUCGGCUGAUGGUGCAUAUUUUUGGUCAAUAUUGCUGCAGUAAUUAUGAGGGCUGUUGGAAAGAUGUGAACUGUGAACAUUUUUUUAACAAAUAUCAACCGUGCUAUCACUUGGCUUCUCUCAUUCGAAGAAUGCAUGCAGUUUUUGGCAUCCAGAGAAAAGUAAAUGUGUACAGUAAAUGUGAUGUAAUGUGAUGCAGUAUAUUUCAAUGCAAUAGUUCAAUGUUGGCAAUGUGUCUCUUGAUAAUUUAGAGUUAUAAUUUUAACACGCAUGAUCUGAUUUUGAGCAUAACCAGCAAAAGCUCUUAUCCAGCAUCUAUGGGGAAUCGAGGGUGCCAGUUCAUCAAAUGUGCCGGUUAUCUGAGAGGUAUACUUUAUGGUUCAGAAAAUUUCUCAAGUAUAAAAACAUUUUUCAAUGAAGAAAUUGAGCAUACAUUUUGACUAUGAUAUUCAAAAUAAUUAACUCUUAUACAGGGUUACUCUCCAGCCAUUUGUAUAGCAUUCUAAGUUUAUAGUAGAGAAGCAGUGGUGCUGUUUAGAUGACAGUGUGGUACUGUAUGUACAAGUACAGUGAAACAAUUAGGUUAGGCAGCCUGCAACACAAUCACAAUGGCGGAUUGCAGAUGAUUGCAAUUGCGACUCCAUUAGUGCCACCACUCAGCAACGUCCUAAAGCAUGCUGCAAGAUGCCAGAAUUUUUCUUGAUACUUGAAGGAAUAUUUAUAUUGCCGUUUGACAUAUGCCUCCGGUUAAUAGAGCAUUCCGGAUGGUAAAGUACUUGAUAGAGAUUUUGCUGUACAUACCAUUUUGUAUUAAAUGGUCAAAAAUGGAAUGUCCUAACUAGAUGAACGUUUGUUUUAACAGUAACCUGUGCAGAACAUUUACGUGGCUGCUGUUGUUCAUGUGAUACAGGGUCAAAGGUAUUUUUUGUAGCCUAGGAACCAUACCCCUCAACUCAUUGUCUUCGAAAUCACGAAUAUAGUAUAUACAAGAGAAAACACUGAAAUGUAACAUAAAGGAGAUAUUUUCUCCACGACGCUAAUUAUGUCUUAUCUUACCUAAUAAACGUAAAUUUUUG